CGCAAGGGAAACCUUUACAUAUUCUAGAGACUCGUCUUCUCCAUCUCCUUCGCUUUGUCAGCUUCAACAUUACCAUCUACAUCUACGUAUAACCCCUAUCUCUUCGAUCAAUCAUGGCAUUUUUCUGUUAAACCCUGAAAAGUUCAAAGCAAUGGCUCGACGAACCCACAUGACCGAGCUAGGCUGCAUAGCCUGCGACAACCUGGGCGAUCUCGGCGCAGGCAGAGAAGGUUGGCUCGUCGAAAACCCUAAUGUCCUAACAGCCCUCGAUACCCACUCUCUUGGACUUGCGAACAAGUCUUUAGUCCUAGUCCUCGACUGGUCAAAUGGCUCCGAUCCGGGCAGUAAUCAGGUCAAGAUCUUACCCACUUUGUCUCCGAUCGAAGCCGAGUAUAUCUCCGCAAUUGAGUGGUUGGUUUUCGACGAUGUAAGGGUUCUUGCGCUUGGAACUUCUUGUGGGUACCUGUUAAUUUACUCUCUCAGUGGCGAUCUCAUUCAUAAACAGAUUGUAAAUCGCGGAAGGAUUGUUAAGUUGAGGGUCCGUGGAACUAAGAGAGAUCUGGUAGAAGACACGUCCUCAGAGGAGGUUUGUGUUGUUAUGCCAGGUGUAAUUGCUCGUUUUGAUGGAUCUGACAUUCAGAGUAUGCUGCAACGAUGGUUUAAAGAAACACGCACAGACUUUUGGGGUCAGACAUCAAAAAGGAGGGAUCCAGAGGAUUCUGGAUCUUCCUUUGGAAGGCUUCCUUACCAGUUAUGGAAUGUUAGCAAGUAUGGAUCGUGCGCUGAUGCUGCAAUCACAGGCAUCAUGCCUCCGCCACUGAUGGAACUCCAGUCAAGUCAACGUUACUAUUGUGCAGUCACUAUUGGAGAUGAUGCCGUGAUUUCAGCAUUUAGACUUUCAGAGGACAGAAGCAGGUCUAUAGUAGGAGCUAUUCUAUCAAAAGUUGUACCUGUAACAUUUUCAACAAUAGCUUCUUUCUCUAAAAUGAUUUGGCGGAGUGAACAGUCAACAGCUAAAAUACCAGAAGCAAAGCCUCAACCAUUUGCUCGAGCUUCCCCUCUGACUUGUUUGAAGGAUCACCCAAGAAAGGGUGAGAAACUAACUUUAUCACCCAGUGGUACUUUGGCUGCAAUAACAGAUUCGCUUGGUCGUAUCUUACUCUUGGACACACAGGCACUUGUGGUGGUGCGGUUAUGGAAGGGGUAUCGUGAUGCGAACUGCCUAUUUGUGGAGAUGUUUGUAAAUAAAGAUAAGGCAACUUCGAAAUCCAGUUAUUAUGAACAUGUGAAGAGCGAUUAUUGUCUGUGUCUAGCCAUUCAUGCACCUCGAAAAGGGAUAGUUGAGGUCUGGCAGAUGAGGACAGGACCUCGUCUUCUGACUAUUCCAUGUGCCAAAGGUAGCAAAAUAUUGCAACCCACAUAUAGAUUUGGAUUGUCAAUGGAAUCUUCAUCAUCUUAUAUUCCCUUGGAAGUUUUCUUUCUGAAUGGAGACUCUGGCCAAUUAUCAGUUCUAAAUCGAUCACUUCAUUAAAUUCUUUUGAACGCUCGAUUUUCAUUCUACUUAUAGAUAAAAGUUGGCCUGAUAUGCCCAAUGCAAUUCAGUCUGCCCACAUAAUUACUUUUUUUAUUCGCUGCACAUAUGUAAGAAUGAUAAUCACAGGCUGCAUUUGGAAAAUUGGAACGAGACUCAAGCUGAUCUUGUUUUAGAGCAAAUUGCAUAUCGACUUUCUUGUUUGAAAAUGGUCUUUUUUGCCUUGGUUUUUGGAAAUAAUUUCCUGCAGAAUAGAAUGAGUUCGACCAAGAACAUUGGAUGAUUGCUGCAAUGUCUAUUUCUUUCACUGAGAUGAACAUUUCCUUCUAAGCAACCAGAAUAUAAGCUGCAAUACAAAGAGCUUUGGUCAAAAGUAAUUGGAAUGGUGAAUCAGAUUGUGUUCUUGAAGUAUAAUUCAGAGUCAUCUUGUAAGUGUACUGCUUCAGAGGUUUGCCAAGGGCUAGUACCAAACUCUCAUCUUGGCAAGAGAGUGGACGGUACAGGUAGGUCGCUUGGAAUUCUGUUUCCUUCUACUCCAGCCAUCGUCUUUAUGUCCAAGCUGCGUGGAUUAAGUAUGACUCAAACCAUGGGAGUUGUGUCCAGUGACCGAUAAAUUUCCACACAUCAACCCUGGACUUGCCUUUAAAUUCAGCUUGAUCUCAGCUGGGAGAGAGAAAAGUCAGCUUGACCUGAUACAUAUAGAUCACCAGAUUUUUGAAAUGUAUAUUUUUCUUAUUAUUCAAUAGUCACGGAUGUUUGAGUCAGUUUGUGUAUUUUGACUAAUUUCCUCACCAGUUCGGUCGAAUGUAG